UUGCACUUUGUGUCAAAGUUGCCUUUCAUUGAGUCCCAUAUAAGGAAAAUACUGUUGUACUUGCCCAAACGGAUCAGGAACUUGACAAAAAGUUUUUAAAUGGAGCUCGGGAUCGUAGAAAAUGGGCAAGAAGACUCGACCAACUUAGUUGAGACAGAUAAAAAGGAUAAGCCUUUCCGAGCUGUUUGGAUGAUAUUAAUGGCGAUUCUAAUAAAUGUUUGCUUGAUGGCCUUGGCUGUUCCUUUAUACCUCUAUCUGAAUUCUGUUAACGAAGUGGUCAAACAACGUCUAAUGGACUAUAUACUUGUUGGUGGAGCUCUUGUAGGAAUUCCGAUGCUGUACAGAUUAGGAGAUCUAUCGAAGGGCCGACCAAAUUUCUACUACAUUUAAAUACUUCAUUUGCUUAGUGUGUUGCACUAUGAUUCGAGUGUAAAUUCCAAAUUUGUGUGUCCUUAUAUUGGAAAAUUAAAAAUCGUGGCCCAUUA